AUGGCGGAAGCAUGUGGGAAUACACUUUUCCCCAAAGGAUUAUUUGGGACCACCCAACCUCACGCACCAAUAAAUGACUCUAAUACUCCGUCCCUCGAUGGGCCCUCCACGGACGAGGGGCGGACUGGAUCUGUAUCUAACCUUGAUCCAUGUAGUCCAGCCCAACCUCACGCACCAAUAAAUGACUCUAAUACUCCGUCCCUCGAUGGGCCCUCCACGGACGAGGGGGACUCUAAUACUCCGUCCCUCGAUGGGCCCUCCACGGACGAGGGGCGGACUGGAUCUGUAUCUAACCUUGAUCCAUGUAGUCCAGCCCAACCUCACGCACCAAUAAAUGACUCUAAUACUCCGUCCCUCGAUGGGCCCUCCACGGACGAGGGGCGGACUGGAUCUGUAUCUAACCUUGAUCCAUGUAGUCCAGCCCAACCUCACGCACCAAUAAAUGACUCUAAUACUCCGUCCCUCGAUGGGCCCUCCACGGACGAGGGGCGGACUGGAUCUGUAUCUAACCUUGAUCCAUGUAGUCCAGCCCAACCUCACGCACCAAUAAAUGACUCUAAUACUCCGUCCCUCGAUGGGCCCUCCACGGACGAGGGGCGGACUGGAUCUGUAUCUAACCUUGAUCCAUGUAGUCCAGCCCAACCUCACGCACCAAUAAAUGACUCUAAUACUCCGUCCCUCGAUGGGCCCUCCACGGACGAGGGGCGGACUGGAUCUGUAUCUAACCUUGAUCCAUGUAGUCCAGCCCAACCUCACGCACCAAUAAAUGACUCUAAUACUCCGUCCCUCGAUGGGCCCUCCACGGACGAGGGGCGGACUGGAUCUGUAUCUAACCUUGAUCCAUGUAGUCCAGCCCAACCUCACGCACCAAUAAAUGACUCUAAUACUCCGUCCCUCGAUGGGCCCUCCACGGACGAGGGGCGGACUGGAUCUGUAUCUAACCUUGAUCCAUGUAGUCCAGCCCAACCUCACGCACCAAUAAAUGGACUCUAA